UCAGAAUUCGGGGAAAAGGAGGACGCAUUCGAAGGCUGCAUUUUAAGCAUCCUCAGAAUUUUUGCCAAAUGGGACAGCCUCCGCGCAUCGUUGUGAGGUCACCGGCCUUAAAAUGCGCCCUUCGAAGGACGUUAUUGACGCUCAAUUCGGCGGCACCGUUUAUGGUGCCGCCGAAUUGAGACACAGCUUAUGGUGACACGGGCUGCGAGUCUAGAGUCGCCCACACAUCCUCCUGUACGGUUGGUGGCGGUAAACAGCCAAAAGCUCUUUAUAGUUUGCGCAUGCGCGAGGAAAGUCAUCAAACUUAUCCGGUUUAAACCUGCGCAGGACAACAAACGAUCUUAUAAAAGCUGUUUGGAUUUUAGGUUGAGCUGUGGCGCUGUUCGACCACAGAGCAGCGGUGUCAAAGCUGCCGUCAGACAGGCCGUCCAAGGAUCCCAUCCCACUUCCGGAUGAUUACUUCCGGAGAGACCUGCAGCCGGAGGUCUCUCCUCUGGAGGAUCCGCUGAGCUCAGGAGGAGUCAUGGAGAGGGAUGACAGUUGGUUCUGCACGGUGGUGGAUAUGAAGAGCCAGGAAAAAUAUGUCUGCUGCAUCCGCAGGAAGGGAGGAGGGGUCAUAAUUCGUGUGACAGAUGCAGCAGCUGUCUGGAGCUCAGACUGCCCUGAGGUCACGCUGAAGCAGCUGGGACACAGGCUGGCGCUCAAGUCCGCAGAGGAUUACAUCCUGAAGUUAAGGGCCUCCUGCCUCAGUGGGGAUCUAAGUGUUGUGGUGCUGAACACCAGCGCAGAUCUUCAUGUGGGCUCCGGGCCAUCUGAGCUGAAUGUGACCCUCUCCAGGAUGGAGGCCCCUCAGGCCACGGAGGAGCUGAAGGAGCUGCUCUUCACCAUGGCCGACAGACUCGCACAGUUUGGCAGUGGGAGCCCUGCUGUGAGUCCACUGAAGAAGCUCCAGCGAUGCCCAGCAGCUCAUCCUUCCUCUGCAGAUUUUAAACCCCGCCAGCAGCAGAAUGGCGCUUCAACUGGGACGGUGAAAAGGAGGCUUCCUGGAGCUUCACUGAUCAACCCAGGCACUAAAAAGAAGUUGCAAGCCACUGGUGUGGCCUUUGAUGAUGGAGAUGAAGACUGAUGGUUUUGUUUUGAUGUUUUUUUUUUUUUUGUUUUUUUUUAUCAAUUGCCUAGAUGUUGGAGCUUUUAGUGAAUGUUCCUUUUUGCCAUAUAACUCAAGUAUUGAAAUUUUAUGAAAUGUGUUUUUAAUACUGAUUAUGACCUCCUCUAAUUUGAAUACUUUUGAAUUGUUUUAAAAUUUGUGGGGAAUGCUUGAAUUGAAGUAAUGUAAAAUGGAUGAAGCUAAAAAACGAAAUAAAAUGAAAUAAAAAUUACUUGUACAGAAUGUG